AUGAGCUGGGUCUACCUCACGCAGCUGCUGGAGAAGGUUGAUCGGCACUCCACCUUCCUGAGCAAGCUGUGGAUCACCACCUUCCUCAUCUUUCGCAUCAUUCUCACGACGGUCGCCGGCGAGUCCAUCUACUACGACGAGCAGGGCAGCUUCGCGUGCAACACGGCGCAGCCCGGCUGCGAGAACGUCUGCUACGACAGCUUCGCACCGCUCUCCCACGUCCGCUUCUGGGUGUUCCAGAGCAUCGCGGUCGCCACGCCCACCAUCCUGUACCUCGGCUUUGCAGUGCAUCGCAUCACCAGGAUCGAGUACAAGCGAGACGAACAAACCAAGCGAGCCAAGCGAGCCGGCGGCCCCGACCGCGUGGUUGAAUGCACGGAGAAAGAGGAGGAGGUGGUGGAGGAGGUGGAGGUGGAAGAGGAGGCUGAGGGUGAAGAAGACGGCAAGGGGAAGCAGCACAACGAGCGGUGGAGGAUCAAGACGGACGGCCUGAUGGUGGCCUACACCCUCCAGCUGCUGGCCCGCACGCUGGCCGAGGUCGGCUUCCUGGUGGGGCAGUACCUGAUGUAUGGCUUGGAGGUGGCACCGCGCUUCCAGUGCGUCCGUGACCCCUGCCUGAAUAGCGUCGACUGCUUUGUGUCGCGCCCCACAGAGAAGACCGUAUUCCUUCUGGUCAUGUACGCAGUCGCCGGUCUCAGCCUCCUGCUCCAACUGUCCGAGAUUGCCUACCUGGGGCUGGGCGCCAUCCACGACUCGCUGAGCGGGAGGCACCGGCCACGGAGCAGGUGUGGGGCCUCGCCGGCGCGGUUGGCAUUGCGUCACGUAAACUAAACGUGCCGGGUCGCUACCGGCUCGACACUCGCCGGCUGUGUGUCAGAGAGCGACCCCCAACUACGCCGA